UUGACGUUAACCGAAGACCGAACGACGACGACAAGCAGAGCAACGACAACCACGACCUACGCGACUCGCGCGCGAUUUAAAACGCCCUCAGCCCAUGCACCAAAAAACGCUUGCGCGUGCUGCUCAGGACGCUGCCUGGCAAACUGUGUAAACGGAACAAUUCAGUGUAUUUCUGUGCUUGUGCAAUUCAACUAGCAACAAUUAACAGUUAACAGUGAGAUAUAUAUACAUUUUUUUUCGUGUGAUUUGUGUGUGAUUUUCGCAUUGUGAACUGCGCCAUGCAACGCUGGCAACUGUUUCUCUUGAGCCUGGGCGCGAUUUCAGCGCUGGCCAAGCCCAACGAUGCGUUCCUCAAAAUGCUGGCCAUGCCCCGUGUCGAGGAUCCGUGCUACGACUACGACAAGGCACGCGCCUGCAUUCCGGACUUUGUGAACGCCGCCUACGAUGCGCCCGUCGUGGCCAGCAGCACCUGUGGCGCCCAGCAGCCGCAGCGCUACUGCGAGUUCCAGGAUCAGGGCAGCCGCGCGACUGGCUCCGGUUCCGGCUCCGGCUCCGGCUACAGCGCCGGCGAUUUGCAGUGCCACAGCUGCGAGGCGAACAGCUUUCCGCCACGCGCCCUCACCGAUCUGAACAACUCCAACAACGUCACCUGCUGGCGAUCGGCACCGAUAGCGCCCGGCUCCAGCUAUGCCGGCGGUGGCCAGUGGGGCGACAAUGUCACCUUGACCCUGUCCCUGGGCAAGAAGUACGAGCUAACCUAUGUCAGUCUGCAGUUCUGUCCCCGUGCCCCACGCCCCGACUCCCUGGUCAUCUACAAGAGCUCCGACUACGGCCGCAGCUGGCAGCCGUUCCAGUACUACAGCUCGCAGUGCCGCCGCCUCUUCGGCCGGCCCGCUCGCACCUCCGUCACCAAGCACAACGAGCAGGAGGCGCGCUGCAGCGACGUCCAUCGACAUGGCCACGACGCCAACGGCAGCGGCGGCGGCAUGGCCUCGCGCAUCGCCUUCAGCACGCUGGAGGGCCGACCCUCGGCCCGGGAUCUGGACGCGUCGCCCGUGCUGCAGGACUGGGUGACGGCCACCGAUAUACGCAUUGUCUUCUACCGCCUGCAGCAGCCCGAUCCCCAGGCGCUGCUCAACAUCGACGCGCCCGCCGACCUCCGCACCGGCAAAUACAGCGUCCAGCUGGCGUCCAACAACAUCGAGUCCAUUGGCGCCGCUGCUUCCGCGUCGGCGGCUGCCACUGCGGCAGCCGGACUGCAUUACGCCGUCUCCGACUUCUCCGUGGGCGGGCGCUGCAAGUGCAAUGGCCACGCCUCCAAGUGCUCGCCGGAUGCCAGCGGCCAGCUGAGAUGCGAGUGCCGCCACAAUACGGACGGACGCGACUGCGAGCGCUGCAAGCCCUUCCACUUCGAUCGGCCCUGGGGACGAGCCACGGCACGGGACGCCAACGAGUGCAAAAAGUGCAAUUGCAAUAAUCAUUCGCACCAGUGUCGCUUCAAUAUGGACAUCUUUCGGCGAUCACAGGGCGUCUCCGGCGGCGUCUGCCAGAACUGUCGCCACUCGACAACGGGCCGGAAUUGUCAUCAGUGCAAGGAGGGCUACUAUCGGGAUCCCAACAAGCCACUAGAUCAUCGCAAGGUGUGCAAAGCCUGCGAUUGCCAUCUGAUCGGCUCAUCUGGCAAGAUCUGCAACAGCACGAGCGGUCAAUGUCCGUGCAAGGACGGCGUCACGGGCCUGACCUGCAAUCGCUGCGCCCCCGGCUAUCAGCUAAGUCGCUCCCACAUCGCACCCUGCAUCAAGCAACCGCCUCGCAUGAUCAAUAUGCUGGAUACGCAGAAUACGGCGCCGGAGCCCAACGAAUCCUCUGAAGGCGUUGGCAUGGACAGAGGCGCCAGCUCAGCGGCCGCCCAAUCGCAGUUUUAUCGCACCGAGGGCGGCAGGGUUUGCGAAAAGUGCAAAGUCAGCACCAAAAGGUUAAAUCUCAACAAAUUCUGCAAAAGAGACUACGCAAUAAUGGCAAAAGUAAUUGGUCGCGAUACGAGCAGCGAGGCGGCCAGUAUCGAGCGCAGGCGCGCAAUGGAUCCGUACGGGGACUACGAAAUGGAUCAACAGGCAAUGGGCGGGCUGGAAUACGAGUAUCGGGCGGGACCGGGGCCAGCAGCAGCCUUGGCUGGCAUCAGCAGCAGCGCCAGCGUGCCGGAUUACCCAAACGACAGCGACACGGCCCGGUACGAUCUGCUAAUCCAAGCGGUUUUCAAGCGCAGCAGAACCACCGCCUAUGGAAUGCCGAAUACAAUGCUGAAACGAGGUCCUAUGACCUGGAUCAUACCGAUUAAGAAUUUAGAGUGCCACUGUCCCAGGAUCAAAGUUAACAGAUCAUAUUUGAUUAUGGGGCGUGACUCGGAGGCGCCGCCCGGCUAUCUGGGCGUUGGUCCGCGUACGAUAGUUAUUGAAUGGAAGGACGAUUGGUAUCGGCGCAUGAAGCGGUUCCAGAGGAGGGCGCGCAGCUGUGCGUAGAUGAGAUGACCCACCGUCCCCACAUUGCAGUGGCCAUCUUUGUCACACAAAUAUUUUGUCUGUCACUUGUCAAUUUCAUUUACCUACCUUCAAGCUAUAUAUACUUUUUUUUUACUAAACAUAUGUGUAGAUUGUAGAGCUUAAAUUUAAGAAUUUCAAAUCAA